AUGGCCGUGCCCCAAGACGCCUUCUCUGAAAUGCUCGACUUUCUGAGUGUUUCUUUCCUCGCAGUCGCGGCAUACAACACUUUAGAACUUCUCCUCUGGAUAUUCGACUUCUUCAAGCGCUGGAGUGGUCUCUAUUUCUGGAGUACUCUAAUCGGAACACUUUCCAUCGGCACUUUUACAGUCAUUGCAAUUAUGUCGACAUUCCGAGACGCCCCUCAGCUGGCUGUCGGUAUCUGCAACGCCCUGACGUACCCCGGCAUGCACGUUGCUGCAUCCCUGGUUCUAUACUCGCGCCUACACCUAAUCACCCAGGGCAGAAUCCUCACUUUCACGCGCUGGCUUAUCAUUGUUAGCUCUGUCGUUAUAUACAUCCCACAUAUCACGAUAAUGAUUGGAUACUCGUCUGGCGACAAACGAUUCUACCGCCCGCAACACGAGGUCAACGAAUUUUACGUGAUUAGUGGGUCUAUGGGCCGGGAACUUUUCAUCUGUGGAAUAUACAUUUACGAAUCCGCCAAACAGCUCAAGCCGAUCAUGAUAAUGAAAGGGCGCGCAGGGCGCAAGGUUAUGGUCCACCUAAUCCUCGCCAAUGUUGCAGUUGUGGUGCUUGACGUGGUUCUGUUGUUGCUAUUACAUCUCCAGACGCUACAUAAGAGCCAGAAGUAUUACGGGGUAGGGAUAGGGAUGCCUUAUAACUGCGCCUCACAGAGUGUUAAAUUGAAGAUGGAGUUUUCGAUUUUGAACAAGCUGCUUCAGUUGCUUAGGGCGCCAGCGGACUCAGUCGAAUAUAGGCGCUCGCCGGGGCAGUCGACUGAGCAGGGCGGUAGCGAGGUUCCGAUGAUGCGGGAAACAGCGAGUGUUGGGAUGGGGCCAAGCUCGCCUGGGUAG